GACAGCUCCAAGAUAGCCGAAGGGGCUUCCGUAGCCAUUUUGGUUCAAGCCGAUUUGGCUCGGGCUGUUUCAAAGCGAGCGCGUGGGAAUAUUUGGAACCAGCAGCCUGCGAGGGAUGGCUCCUGUCAUCUGCUCGGCAGAGCGGGUCGGGCUCUGGGCUGCGGCGAAUGCCAGCCCGACAGAGGUCACCCUCUUCCUCUCGAACUUGCCGACGGAGUGCACCAAGAGUGCGAUGAUGAAGUGGAUGGACACCCAGGACUGUAUGGAGGGGUGCGAUUACCUGUUCGUCCCUCGGAAUUUCCAGAGUCGCGCGUGCCUCGGGUAUGCGUUCGCCAAUUUCGUCCACCCCACGUUCGCCAAGAGGCUCAUGGCAUUGGCUCGCGGCACCUCCAUGAAAGUGACGGUCUCAACGGAUCAGGGCCUCGCAGCGAAUCUCGCAAAGUGGGCCACCGGCCGGGUGCAUCACAUCCGCGACCCUGAGAACUUGCCGUUCGUCCGAGCGCUCGAGGCGAUGAGCGUGAAACACCCAGUGAUGGCCGCAUUCAAGAACCACGGGCCGGCGAUCGAGGAGGUGCCCGCGUCGCGCUUCGCGGAAAAGCCGGCGGCGGCUGGGCGGCCUUCGGGCAGUCAUCUGAAGGUCGAUCGUUUGAUCGAGACGUGCUUCAGCCUCCACAAGGGUUCGCCCUUGCUGCACAUCUCCCUGUGAGCUUCGGCAGUCUGCUGUUCCGUCAGCGCGUCAAUGAUUUGAGCGCCCGUCUCCAAGAGACAGGGCGUCUAUCCCACAGCGCUCCUAUCCGACAUCUUCUGCAUCGCUUAUAUCCUACAGCGCUUCUAUCCUAUUGUCCCUCUCCGGGAGG